UGGAGCAGCGCGGAGCGCCGCCGCAGGCGCGCGAGCCAAUCGGUGACAGCGGGGGCCGCGUGCCCAAUUUGAAGCGCAGCACGAGCCGCGCGCGACAGCCGCGCUGCCUUCCCUCCGCGCGACGCGACCCAGCCGGGGCGAUGGUCCGCAUGAAGGAAAGGCUCGCUCUGAGGAUCCUCUUCAUUUCCACACUCUUCGCGCGUGGAUUCCUCUGGACGUACAGGGAAGAGGAGCGUGACGCAGACAGAGAGGUCUGUUCAGAAAAUAAAGUCGUCACAGCUAAAUAUCCGUGUCUGAAAUCUACUGGAGAGGUAACGACGUGCUACAGAACAAGAUGUUGUGAAGGUUUUAAAUUUGUUCUUGGACAGUGUAUCCCAGAAGAUUAUGAUGUGUGCUCAGGAGCUCCUUGUGAACAGCAGUGCACUGACCACUUUGGACGGGUGGUGUGUACCUGCUAUGCCGGCUAUCGCUACGACAGGGAGCGCCACCGUAACCGGCAGAAGCCUUAUUGCCUCGACAUAGAUGAAUGUGCCAAUAAAAACAAGACAGUGUGUUCUCAAAUCUGCAUAAACACCCCAGGGAGUUACAGAUGUGAGUGUGAGAAAGGGCACUUCCUGGAGGAUGAUGGUAAAACGUGUACAAAGGGAGAACAAGUGAGUUACUUUCAAAAGUCAGACAACGUGAUGAAUGCCGGCACGUGUUCGGCCACAUGCGAAGACUUUCGUCAGAUCAAGAUGGCAGUUAUUCAGCUCAAGCAAAAGAUCGCUAUGUUGCCCAACAACGCUGAGAUAAGUAAGCAAAUGACCAGCGAGAAGAUGCUGACCUCACACUCAUACCUGCCUGGACCUCCUGGACAGCCUGGCCCACCAGGGAACCCAGGGCCAAAGGGUUCCCCUGGACAUCCAGGACAGGUGGGGCCACCGGGUCCUCCAGGCCCAAGGGGACUCAUGGGCCCUGUUGGUCCGUCUCCCGAUUUGUCACACAUAAAGCAAGGCCGACGUGGCCCAAUGGGAUCCCCUGGAGCCCCUGGAAGAGAUGGCAUGAAGGGAGAGAAAGGAACUCCUGGACUUCCUGGACCCCCAGGUCCACCAGGCUCCUUCGACUUCCUGCUACUGCUGAUGGCCGACAUUCGCAAUGACAUUGCUGAGCUCCAGAACAAAGUCUUUGGCCACCAAAUGCUCCCAUCCGGGGAGGAAUUUCCUGUGGAUCCAGAGAGCUGGAGGGAGAGUCAGGACACCAUGGAUCUAGGGUCAGGAGAGGACUACAGGCAGCCUGGGCCGACCAAGGACCCGAAGAGGAAAACAGAACACAUGAUAAACAAUCCAUGAGCAAUGCUGAUUGAUUGUGACUGGAAAAUGUGGGACUUUUUAGUCACAUUACAAUAUGAUUUUUACCAAAAAAAAAUAAUCUUUUUUAUUGUAAAUAUUGGAUUUUCUCAGUAUAUUGUAUUUAAA